UGUGGUAAAUCGAUCUGCUUCGAUAUUUAUUGACUUCCUCAUUUGGUACUCCUCUUUCGUAACUUUCAUAAAUUUGUGAUUUACGUCAUAAAAACACAUCAAGAGGAAAGAAAUUAGCAAUAGGUACUCACUUACCCACGAUCUCCAAUUCAAUAUCGACAAAAAAUGAAAUCAUGUGCUGUGAAAUUAUUGCUUACUUGUAUAUUUUUAGCAUUUAAUGGAAAUCUCAAUCCUAUUAUUCUGGCUACUGCAGCACAAACUCAUGACACGUUUUCAUCUCUGUGUCAAGAUCAAAUGGUGAAACUAGGAUCGAACAUUUAUCAUUUGGAUAGAUUGACAGCAUCGUUAAACUCGGAUUAUUUCGAGAGAGUAUUCACUUCCGACGAUUUUAAACAGAAAAAUGACUCGAUUUUAGAAAUUAAAUCGAUAGAAAAUGACGAAGUAUUUCCUACUAUACUGGAUAUACUUCAUAAAAAAAAAUACUUGAACGACGUUCUGAAUAAGGACAACUAUCUUUCACUAUUGAAGGCGAUGAACUAUUUUGGGAUGGAAAUAGAUUUGAAAAGUUUUGAAAGUUUCAUAGAAGGCGAUUUGAAAAUAUAUUCGCCGCAGGAUGCAAAAAUAUUUGAAUUAUACGAUUUCAUCAAGCAGAAUGAAGAGUUCGAGUAUUUAUUGCGUGGUCUUUUCAAAUGCUUGUCGCAACAAUUGGAUACAGAACAAAAUAAAAAUGAGAAAACACCUUCGUCUGAUAAACCACUCGAUCACCUUAUGCAACUGAUUGGGGAACUUGAGUGCUUGAACGAAAAGACAAGAUGCCAUUUUGUUCCAUUGUGCGCUAUAUUGCUAAAGCGCGCUCCUAAAAUCUUCGAAAAUUCAAACUCAGGCAGUGAAUGUGAUUCAGAUAACUUGAACGACGAAGAAAGCGAAAGAAAUACAAUUGUGAACAGCCGUAACAAUCCUGAGAAGCCGCGUGCGUUUCGAAAAAAUGGUGAUUUUUGCGACAUCACGGUACGAAUUAAAAAUACUACAAUCAAGCUUCAUAGGCCUGUUUUGGAAUCCGUUUCCGGAUACUUUAAAGAAAUUUUCCGAGCCGAAUACUCUGAAGCAAUCGCUACGCAUAAUGGAACUUUGAAGUGUCCAAGAAUAGAUAAAGAGUAUGUACUAAGCGAUAUAAUCAAUCCAACAGAUUUCGAUGUUGUGUUUCGUUAUCUCUAUUACUACUACCCGUCUUAUACGUUACAAAAAGAGGACUGUAAAUGGUAUAAAAUUUCGCAAACUUUCAUAAUUUCUCACAUUUUGAAAAUUGAUUUGUUAUCAAGUGCUUGCGAAUUUCGUUUGAAGAAGGAGCCUCAAUGUGUAAAAUCCGAAGAAGUGGCGCAAAUAUUGGAUUUCACUUAUGGAAACCCGGAGUACGAAGAUAUAUAUGUAAUGUUUAUGGUGAAAAAUUUGAAUGAAAGUUGGCCUAAAAUCAACAUGUCGCAAUUUUGUUCAGUUAAUUGGACUUUACUAGAAAAAAUAUUGAACGCGCCGCAUUUCCUCGAAUAUGAUCCGAAUAAAAUCGUUGAAAUAUGUUCAAAAUGGACGAGUCAUGAUGCCCGCAAUCGAUACCAAUUUUUACCAAAAAUCGCCCGAAUUAUAAAUCCCUCUUGCGUAGUGAAUGAUGAAGAAUAUACGACAGAUGAUGCAGAAGGUUUGAACAAUCAGUCGCAACAGCUUUUUCAAGCUGAAUUAUGGAAAAUUCUUUCGUCGCUUCCGUAUACCAUUUGUUCAGAAAAAGUGAAGAAAAAUACGUCCAGAAAAUUAGAAGAAAUACCCGUGUUUAUUGCUACGGUAGGUGAACGACCUGCUGCCAUACUGAAUUCUGAUUUGGAAGUGAUUACAUCGUUCAAUAAUUCUUUGGAGCAAUAUUCAUUAUCAUUUUUAAAGAAAAAAGAUCCGAUAAUUUCAGCUACUCUGAUUGAUAAUAAUUUAUUCAUCAUUUAUAACCUUUUCCUUCUUAGAUUUCAAGUUUAUAAUUUUUUAUUGAAAAAAUGCUUCGAAUUGCAUUCGAAUCUCCCUAAUCUGGAUAGCAUAUAUUCUUUCGUUUACAAUCGUGAUUAUUAUAUCUUGUUGAAUUGUAAUGACGAAAUCUACGCUUGCUCAAAAAAAUUUGACCAAGUAGCGAAGUAUUCGAUGCAAUUUAAUCUCUGGACAGUACUUUCAAAACAAGAAUCAUAUUACUACAAAGAAAUCAUUCACUACACAAGUGACGGGAAAAUGCUUUACAGAACGUAUAAAGUAUCAAAAGAAGACCAACCUUCGGCUUACAUUGUGGAAACAUUCGAUUUUGAGAACAAUUUAUGGACUCCGUUGUCUGGGUUACCUUCGAUAGAAACGGGAUUUCAAAAUGUAUAUCAGCUGAGUGUGGUCAGCGAUCGUAAUUUCAUCGUAUUAUCAUCAUCAAAUAUUAUCAUAUCUGACCGCGAUUCGAUGCGUAAAGAGUGGCACUGGAAAUUUCACCAGAUACCUCUGGAAAUAUUGGGGAAGGUUAAAGAACCAUUCACCGUUGCCCAAUGUGAAGACAGACUGUUGCUUUUGAUGGAUGAUGCAUUGUACAGUUUUUAUCCUUCAAAUGGAAGUAUCGAAUUGAAGAAAAAAUUCCCAAAACUGGCGUACCAUAGUAUUGUGGCUAUUGAUAGACGUCUCGAUGUUGGCUCAAAAAAGAAUAACAAUUUUUUGUCCUAAAAAAAAAUAAAAUAAAAAUAAUUGAUUU